ACCGAAAAUUUUCUUAAUCUUUUGAAUCGGAAACCUAAAAUAAGCACUGAUGGACUCCAUUACAUGAAGUGAAAAUCCAAAGUUCAAAACAAAGUUUUCUCGAUGACUCUCUAUCUAAAACCCCUUCUGAUAAACCUUUCUCCUAAUGAUGAGAAAGCUUCAGUUUCUCGUCAGUCUCCACAGAUCCAUAAAACCCUCAUUCAAUUUCAACUCCUUUCUCACACUGCAACCUCCUCCUAUACUGUUCCUCACCUACUUCACCCACACUCAGUCAUCACCAUUACGAGAUUUCACCUCUUCCUCUACUCCCUCUGAAAACUCCAUUAAAGAACCAAUCUCAGCAGUCUCAGAAGAAGCAGACAGGCUUUGCAAGCUCCUAUACAACCAACCUCCUUCAAAUAUUGGACCCACCCUUCAGAGCUCAGGCCACAAGGUCUCUCCUGCUCUUGCAGAGCAUAUCUUGAAAAAGUUCAGCAAUGCUGGAAAAUUGGCUCUCUUGUUUUUUAGGUGGUGUGAAAAACAACCCAACUUCAAACACACCACUGAAACUUACCAUGCUCUCAUAGAAUCUCUAGGUAAGAUCAAGCAAUUCAGGUUGAUACAUGAUCUGGUUCAUGGCAUGCACAAAAAUGGGUUGCUUACAAAAUCGACUUUUGCACUUAUUUGGAGGCGUUAUGCCCGAGCUCGAAAGGUUAAGGAAGCCAUUAAUUCCUUCGAAGGUUUGGUUAACUUUGGGAUGAAACCGGAUUUAUCAGAUUUUAAUCGGCUUCUUGAUACCAUCAGCAAAUCAAGAAAUGUAAAUAAAGCGCAGGAACUGUUUGAUGAAAUGAAGAGGAGAAACCGUUUCGAAUUUGAUCUCAAAACUUACAGUAUUCUGUUAGAAGGGUGGGGAGAGGAGAAGGACCUGAACAAAUUAAUGGAAGUCUACAGAGAAAUGCUGGAUGUUGGGCUUGAACCAGAUGUUGUGACUUAUGGGAUUCUCAUAAAUUCUUUGAUAAAAUCAAGAAAAUUGGGCGAUGCCAUUGAGAAGUUUUAUGAAAUGAAGGAGAAGAAUUGCGGGCCAAGUCCGCAUAUUUACUGUAGUUUGAUUAAUGGGUUGGGGCCUGAGAAGAGAUUAAAUGAAGCUAUAGAGUUCUUCAAAGAAUCCAUGUCUGAUGGUUUCAUACCAGAGCUACCCACUUAUAAUGCUCUUAUUGGUUCUUAUUGCUGGUCUGCUAAAUUCAAAGAUGCCGAUCAAGUUUUGGAUGAGAUGAGGAGUUGCAAUGUGAAUCCAAACACUCGUACUUUUAACAUAAUUCUCCACCAUUUGAUCAGGUUAGGCAUGAAUAACGAUGCAUAUAAUCUGUUUGAGAGGAUGGAUGUGUCCGUUCCUGGUUGCGAGCCUGAUUUAAACACUUACACUAUGAUGGUUAGGAUGUUUUGUUUAGAGGGGAAGGUGGAAAUGGCUUUGAGGGUUUGGAGAGGCAUGAACUCAAGGGGGGUUUUGCCCUGUAUGCAUCUAUACUCAGCUUUGAUUUGUGGGCUUUGUGAUGAGAAUAGGUUAGAUGAGGCCUGCAAAUACUUUUUGGAGAUGUUGGAUAUGGGGAUUAGGCCUCCAGGUCAAAUGUUUGGGAGGUUGAAACAGUGUUUGCUUGAUGAUGGUAAAAAGGAAUUGGCUCUUGAUUUGUCUCUGAGAUUGGAUAGAGUGAGAAGAAUUCCUUUUUCAGGUGAAAUCUAAGAGCUGUGGUGUAUUCGAGCUCCAUCGCAUGGCAUUUGAUUCAUGAAAGAUACUGUCAAAUGAGGAGAUAUUUCCUGGUUUUCUCUGGUCUUUAUUUUUUUUACUUAUUUAUCCCAAAUAGUUGGGAUAAGGUUCGGAUGAUGAUCUGGUUUGGUAGGAUGGAGUGGGAAAUGAUAGGUAAUCUUGGAGCUCGAUACUUAGUUCGUAAGAAGACAAAUUUCAUGAUGGCUAUUUUAAGAUCUAUCUGGGGGUGAGAGCUCCAUUUUUGGGACAUGCAGGGAGAUUGCUGGCAAAUAAGCUGAUUGGUUUCAGGGUAAUCUUUUUGGUUUUCAAGAGCAUGUGUUUCCCCCAGUGACUUAAAAACAGUAACAUGGUCUGACACAUUCCCUAGAAACCCGAAUCCAAUCAUCGAUUCCGGUGUUUCUCAAACUGGAAUCACCCAUCUCUCAAUCAUAAUUCCACAUGCAUGAUUCCAAGUAGGAUGCUUUCAAAUUGCUGUUUUCCACUUCUUCUACUUCAUAUAUUCAAAUUAGUUUUUAUAGCUGGCGAGCUGAAC